UUUAUUGUCGAAAUUUUUCUUUUGACUGAUUAGCGAGCGAUAUGUGUGAAUAAUAUUUUAUUUUUAUUCGGAACACCCGUGUUUUGGAAUGUUUAUAGUUGUUAUUCGACCAAAAUUUAUUAUUCCAAACAUUUCGAUCAUUUUAAUUACUUUGACGUAAGACUCACCGUAUUCAAUCCGCAUUCUACUGUUGUAUGGACCAAAGAUUAACUAUACGGAACGCGUAAACAUGGACUACAAUUCACUGAAACAACAUGCAAGCUCAAAUUCCGUCGAUUCCGAUUCUAAAUCGAAUUCAUUAAAUUCAAAGCACGGUGUGGACACAAUGGUUCCCAAUGACACUUCAGUCACAUUUACAUAUCUUGCCGGGGAGAAAUGCCAAGAUGUUAAAAACGAAUGCACCUACAUCUGUCCGUACAGUGGCCCAUCCCGAGGCAUUUUAACAAUUACAAAUUAUCGACUUCAUUUUCGAUCACAACCGGCCACCGAAAAGGAUCCGCUUGUUGUCGUCGAUGUUCCGUUGGGUGUUGUUUCGCGUGUAGAAAAGGUAGGCGGAGCGAGUUCUAGAGGCGAAAAUUCCUACGGCAUCGACAUAUUCUGCAAGGAUAUGCGAAAUUUGCGGUUCGCUCACAAGCAGGAAAAUCACUCCAGACGAACGGUGUUUGAAAAGCUACACAUGUACGCGUUCCCGCUGGCUUACAACGAAAAACUGUUUGCUUUCUCGUACACGGAAACAUUUGCCGAAGAUGGUUGGAGUGUCUACGAACCAGUGGCUGAAUUAAGACGGAUGGGCGUGAACAACGACACUUGGCGAAUAACUCGCAUAAAUGAAAGUUAUGGCGUUUGUGACAGCUAUCCAGCCGUUUGGGCCGUUCCCAAGUCAACAUCGGAUGAUUUGUUGAAACAGGCCUGUCUGUUCAGAUCGCGAAAUCGGUUACCUGUUCUGUCCUGGAUUCACCCGAAAUCAUUAGCCACAAUCACAAGAUGUUCGCAACCUUUGGUUGGGGUUGGUGGCAAGAGAAGUCCCGAAGACGAACAUUACAUCAAUUCAAUAAUGGAAGCCAAUGCUCAAUCCCACAAACUAUCGAUUAUGGAUGCAAGACCGAGCGCUAAUGCGGUCGCAAACAAGGCGAAAGGCGGUGGCUAUGAAUCCGAACUGACAUAUCAAAAUGUGGAAAUAAUUUUCUUAGACAUUCACAACAUUCAUGUGAUGCGAGAGAGUCUACGGAAGUUGAAAGAGAUCUGCUUCCCAGCAAAUGACGACCAGAAGUGGCUUUCAGCUGUCGAAAGUACGCUGUGGCUGAAGCACAUCAAAUGUGUGUUGGCUGGAGCGGUGCGAAUAGUUGAUAAGAUAGAAAUUAUGAGCACAUCGGUGGUCGUUCACUGUUCGGAUGGUUGGGAUCGAACAGCACAGCUGACCGCUUUGGCGAUGCUUCUGUUGGAUCCGUACUAUCGAACGAUGAAAGGUUUCGAAGUUCUCAUCGAAAAGGAAUGGUUGAGCUUCGGUCACAAAUUCCAACAACGAAUCGGCCACGGUGACAAUCAUCAUUCGGACGCCGACCGGUCGCCAGUAUUUUUACAGUUCUUGGACUGUGUGUGGCAAGUGAGCAAACAAUUUCCGCACGCACUGGAAUUCAACGAACAUUUUCUCAUUACCAUUUUGGAUCACCUGUAUUCGUGUCGAUUCGGAACGUUUCUAUGUAACACGGAACGGGAACGGGUACAAGAAGAUCUAAAACACAAAACCGUGUCGCUAUGGAGCUUCACAAAUGCAUUCCCGGAACAGUAUCGAAAUCCAUUGUACGGCGGUCGAAAUCAAUGCAUCCAGACCGUACUGAAACCAGUGGCCAGUAUGCGUCACAUUCGUCUGUGGAAGGGAUUGUUCUGUCGUUGGAAUCCCAGUAUGCGAGCUCAAGAUCCGAUAUACCAGCGGACGCGUGAACUGUUGGCCUUGCAAGAACAGCUGCAGAAGCAGGUGGAAUUUCGUUACGAGAAUCAAUCUUCCACACACCAGUCAGCCAGAUUGUCGUCGCCGUUGCAUUAGUUCUGUCAGGGAUGUUUGUUUACAAAGACUUUUUCUAUUCAUUUUUUUUGUGACGAUGCUACGAGUUGAGGUUUUUAGGAUGUCUUGAGUUGGAUCAAUUUACAAUAAUAAAUAUACCGUGAAAUUAA